UGCACCGUCGAUUGAGAAGUUUUCGUUGGUCUGUGUUGCUAGGCGACUGAUCGUGGCUGCGAUGAGAUUGGUCUGGAUAUUGAUGUCCCUGCAGCUUAUGCUCCUGGCAACUGCCCUCAGUGCCAGAAGAUGUGUUACGCCUACUACCGCUUCAACACCCACAGAGGAUCCUGACGACCCCACUGAUGAUCCCUGGGAUCCCACGGAUGACGACUCAACUGAGGGCCCAUCGGAUCCCACGAAAAAACCCACUGAUGUACCCACUCAAAAACCCACAAAUCCCACACCCACUGAAGAGCCAUCGAGGCCAACUGAAAAUCCUUUGGAUCCCACGGCAGAACCCACUGGAGAAACGGCGGAUCCCACAAAUGAACCCACUAAAAACCCCACCGAAGUACCCACUCAAAAUCCCUCGGAUCCCACCCCUACUGAAGAACCAUCGAAGCCAACUGAAAAUCCUUUGGAUCCCACGGCAGAACCCACUGGAGAAACGGCGGAACCCACAAAUGAACCCACUGAAAAACCCACCGAAGUACCCACGGAUCAACCUACGGGGGAAACAACUGAAGGACCCAUUGAUCCCACUCAAGAUUCCACAGAAGAAACAUCGCUUCCUACAGACAAGACCACUGCUGAUCCCUCGGUUCCAUCGGAAGAGACUACUGACCCAGGAAGCACUGUGGAACCAACUGAGGAACCACCAAAUCCAAGUGAAUCAUCUGUUCCUCCUUUCUCCACAAACUCAGAGCCGAUUGGAACCACCCAGUCCAUUCCGAGCAUUGAUGCGGACGCCUCUUGUCGGUCCCAUCCGGGGGUCCAGUACCUCCCGCAUCCCUACGAUUGCCACCUUUACAUACAUUGCGAAGGGAAUGUAGGACACGUCAGGGAUUGUGCCGGCGAUCUUAACUGGAAUUCAAUCACCCAGUCCUGCGCCGAAACAUGCGCUUAAAGAAAUAAAGUACUUAGAAUAGCAUGCUCUCAAAAA